ACACAUCCUCUCAAUGUCGGACGUUCUGUCAUUCGAUGCGUUGCGGCUCGAUCCGCGGCUGCAGCGCGCCAUUGCCAAGCUCGGCUGGUCGCGCCCAACGCUCAUCCAGGCCAAAGCAAUCCCGCUCGCUCUGCAGGGCAAGGACAUCCUGGCGCGCGCUCGCACGGGCUCUGGCAAGACGGCGGCGUAUGCCAUCCCAGUCAUCCAGCGCAUUCUGGCAGACACGGCCGCCGCGGCGAUCGCGGUCGAGCAGGUCCAAGACGGCGCUUCGGCGGCCUCGGCGACUUCGAAUGCUGCGCGUAGCGGCAGCAGCAACAAGCAGCAAGGCAAGAACGCUGGCACGGGCGGCAAGAAGAAUGUCUCCAAUGCAGCGUCGGCGGCCGUUGCUUCCUCAAGCCAUGCAUCUCCAGCUGGAGCAAGCGUCAAGGCGAUCGUGCUCGUCCCCACGCGCGAACUCAGUCUCCAGGCCAAGCAGAAUUUCAAGGACUUGACGCAGUACUGCUCUCGAGAGGUGACUGCGGUCGAGCUGGCCGGAGAUACAUCGGCAACGGCGAUUGAGGCGCAACGGCAUGAGCUGCUCGCCAACCCCGACAUUGUGAUUGGCACGCCGAGUCGUAUUGUCGCGCACAUUGAGGCCGGACACUUGGAUGUGCGCACCUCGCUUCAGAUGAUUGUCGUCGACGAGGCCGAUCUCGUUUUCGGCUUUGGCUACGAAAAUGACAUUAAAACGCUGCUGCGCCACCUCCCCCGCAUUGUCCAGGCCUUCCUGAUGUCAGCCACCUUGAGCCCCGAUGUUGACUCACUCAAGAGACUGAUGUUGCACUCGCCUGUCAUUCUCAAGCUGCAAGAAUCCCAACUUCCCGAUGCCGAUCGGCUGAUGCAAUACGUGAUCAAAUGCGACAUGAACGACAAAUUCCUUCUCGUCUUCACCUUCUUGAAGCUGCGCCUGCUUCGCGGGAAAACAAUCAUUUUUGUGAAUGACGUCGAUCGUUGCUACCGUGUCAAGUUGUUCUUGGAGCAGUUUGGCAUUCGCGCCUGCGUCUUGAAUUCCGAGCUUCCGCAAAACUCUCGUUAUCAUAUUGUCCAGGAAUUCAAUCGAGGCGUGUACGAUUAUAUUAUUGCCACGGACGAGCACGACAGCAACUCGCAAGUUGACGACUCGGAUUCGGACUCGGACAAUGACGAAGAAGAGUCCAACGAGACUGCCGAAACGGACACUGUUGAGGCGGUGUUUGAGAAUGACGACGACGCCGAGCAGGCCACAACCACUGCGACUGCGAGUGCUGAACCCGUUGCCACUGCCGCCGCCAGCAAGGGCAAAGCGCAGCAACGCCCGAAGCGAAAGGCUGGGCGCAAGGCCGGCGCUGAUUCAGAGUACGGUGUCGCGCGUGGCAUCGACUUCCAGAACGUCAGCAACGUUAUUAACUUUGACUUUCCCGAAACUGCACGAUCGUACGUGCAUCGCGUCGGCCGAACCGCUCGUGGUGACAAGAGCGGCCAGUCUCUGUCUCUCAUUGCACCCGAGGAUGAAGGCCGGCUCGCCAUCGUUCAGCGCAAGCUUUCGAAGCACAAUUCUGGACACAAGUUCCAGCAAUUCCAGUUUGCCAUGCAUGAGAUUGCCGCCUUUCGUUAUCGUGCGGCCGAUGCUCUCCGCGCCGUCACAGCGGCUUCAGUCAAGGAGGCCCGAUUGAAGGAAAUCAAGAAUGAAAUUUUUAAUUCCCAAAAGCUCAAGGCGUACUUUGAAGACAAUCCCAAAGACUUGGAAGCUCUCCGCCACGACAAGCCUUCGCAUCCUGCGCGAAUCCAAGCACAUCUCAAGCACAUCCCCUCUUACCUCAUGCCCGAGUCGCUUAUGAAGAAGAAGCUGGCACCUGCGGCAACUUCGGAGGCGGCUGCUAUGGCUGUCGAUGGUGAGGCGGCCGAAGAGGCACCCGAAGCAGAGGAAGACCUUGCAGCAAGCGAGCCGAAGCCGAACACCAAACACCGUGGAAAGCAACCCCAUCGCGGCAUGAAGCGUCCUGCAAAGGCCGAUCCCCUCAAAUCAUUCGCUGCCAACCCCUCCAAACGUUUUGCGCAGGGGUGACAGCCAGACUCGAUGUCAACGAUGCACAAAUACAGAUGGGAUGUGUUGUUUUUUGGAAGUUUUGUUUUGUUUGUUGUUGUUUUUUUUUUUU